CGCUCCCCGCCGCUCCGGUGCCCCCUCUCCCCCGCCCCCGCCGCCCGGUGCGUGCCCGGCGCUGACGUCAGCCCGGGCUCCCGGGCCGAUAUAACCCCCGGCCGCGCCGCCGGCUCAGCUCCCGCGGGACGGACCGCUCGCCGCGCCGCCAGCACCGGCAGGAACAGGGCAUAGCGCACCGGGUACGGGACGGGGCUUGGGAACCGGGCAGGGGCAGCACCGGGGCCGGGGCGCGCAGAGGGGGCGGAACGGGGCGGGGGGGGCUCCGCGCCCGGGACUGUCGGCGCGCCGCCGGGGUCGCGGUUCCCGUCGGGCCUCCGCCGCCGCCCCGGUCUCUGCUGUGGCGCUAAGCCCCUGCCCCGCAGGUGCAGAAGGAGCGAGGAUGCGGCGGGCACUGCUCACCCUCCUGCUGCUGCUCGCCCGCCCGCCGCCCGCCGCCGCCCGCCCCGCCACCACCGACGGCUCCAUCCCGGCGGCCGCGACCGGGGCUCAGGACCAGCCGCUCUGGCCGCCGCUGGCGCCGCCGCCCCCGGGGCCGUGGCGAGGGCGGCGGGACGAGCCGCCGCUCUCCAUCGACCUCACGUUCCACCUCCUGCGGCACCUCUUGCUGCUCGCCCGCGCCCAGAGCCAGCGCGCCCGCGCCGAUUCCAAUCGCCGCAUCCUCGACGCCGUGGGGCGCUGAACCCCAGAUCCCGGGAUCCCCGAACACCCCGAACCCCCCGUGACCCCGGGGCUGCCCCGGCCUCCAGCCACCCUGGCCCCUGCACUGUGCGGCGCUCGGCACCAACACCGGCACGGGCUGAGCCCUCCUCAGCCCCAGCGCUGGGGAGAGCGGGAGCGGAACCGGCCCGGCACCGGUCCGCACCGAUUUUGUAAUAAAACGUGGUGGAAA